UCAGCAAAAGAAACGGUUUCGCUUCUUGUCGUUAACCAUCAGCCACACCGUGAGCACGAAAGUAAAAUUUCGUAGUGCGCGCCAAAGAAAACAACUUUCGCGAAAUGUGAUAUUAUAGUGAUAAAUAUUAUAACUUCUUGUGAAAAAAGUGAAAAUUAUACCAAAAUAGCAUUAAUUUAAUAUGGAAAAUAUAUUUUUUAUUUGCUCAAUUAUUGUCUUAGGGAUUCAACAAUCAACCUCCAUAGUACUAAGAAGUUACGUAUCUGAACAUGGACUUCACGGAUCAAUAACUUUUAUUGAAUCGAACGACGAAAUAGUGGUUACUACCGAUCUACAGCCUACCUUAGAAUUUCCCAGCUCUAUAUGGGCAUGGUACAUUACCGAAUUUCCUGUAGAUUAUACUGGUAUAGAGAAUAGGUGUAGCCAGGAUAAAAUCGGAAAGAACCUAGUGACUCUGGACGACCUGUUUGGUUAUCUCAUCAUACCAGAUAAUCAAAGCAGCGUUUUCAAUUCUUCUGAUCUCAAACUGAAUGGCAGAAAUGGGAUUUAUGGAAAGUCAGUUCUCUUGCAUGAAGUUGAAUCUGGAAGAAAGGUUUGUGCAUCUAUCACAGUCUUAGAAAAUAAAGAAAAUAUAGCUGUAGCACGAUUCAAUUCUCCAAUAGCUGGCAAUGUAUAUUUUAGAUGGUUGUCUACCAGAGAUAAUCAUAGUGAUAUGAUAAUUAGCACUGAUCUAUAUCAUUCGCACAAUAAAGAAAAAUAUGGGAAAUAUUUAGAUUUCACAGAACAUUUAUGGAAAAUUUAUGUAACAGACAUUUUUGACGACACGGAUCGCUCAGAAGAUAAUUGUAAUAUCUUACAAGUAGUAUUUGAUCAAGACAAUAAAGGGAAUGAAAAUUCAAUUGGAGAUUUAGACAAAAGAUUAGGGAAAAUAAAAGUAUCCACUAGUUACCAUAAACAUAAAUAUAAAACACUAUUUUAUGAUAAAGAACUGAUAUUAUUGCCUGGCGAUUUUAAUGGACCACAAAGGAGGCUCUACUUGGUUAUAUUUGAGAAAAAGCACGAGGAUGUCUUUUUGGCUUGUGCUAAAAUUCGUUAUGAUCACCCCAUAACUUCUAGGGUAAUAAUCCAGUCAGGAGGUAUCAAAGGCGACAUAAGACUAACCCAACAAAACAAAUUUGAACCGACCUUUCUAAAUUUCAACUUAACAACAGCUAGAGGUGAUUUGGAAACCAGGAUUGUAUUUGGAUCUACUGUAGCCGGGUACAAAAUUCACGAAUUGCCCAUUAAACCUGCCAAGUCUGUUGGACAGAACGAAAACUCUUGUUUAACUACCAAAUUUGUGUAUAAUCCAAGAAAAACUGACGUUGGUACCAUUCCACCUAAUGGAUUUGGUACCCAAGACCAAUACCCAAUUGGAGAUCUGUCUGGCAAGCUUCUCAACAGAAAUAACGCAUCCGUUGUGGUACCAGGAAGUCAAGAGUUGAACGGUGCUUUUUGGGAUGUUUUUCUGCCUCUUCAAGGGGUUCAUUCAAUAAUACAUCGGUCUUUGGUAAUAUACAAAAAUACCCAAUAUCCAACUUCUGACAUUGUUGCUGAACCCUGGAUAUGCGGAGGGAUAAGCCUCUAUGAAUCAAAUUUUGAAUAUCAAAAGCAGAUUUUUACUGCUCAAGUUUUAUUCCGGUAUCCCACUGUAGGUAGAAUGUUAAUGAGACAGGUCAGAGAUGAACCUUGGACUGACACAACAGUUAUGAUUGAGUACUUAGUUCAUGCUGAUGGAGCCCAAUUGAAUAAUUCCGCAGAUCAUAGAUGGGCGAUUCAUGAGUCGCCUCCAGGAAAAGAUUUUUAUGAUUGGCAGAAUCGGUGCAUAAGUGCUGGAGCUGUUUAUAAUCCUUACAAGAUCGAUUACGACAAUACUUCUAGAGUAGAGCAAUGUGAUUUGGAUGCUAUAGGCCUAUGUAGAAUUGGUGAUCUUUCCAAACGUCAAGGCAAUCUGGAAAUUUCAGGAAAAAUUGCUGAUAGUGAUAGAGUUUCAAGGAGAAUUUGGACGGAUUCUCUUCUGCCUUUGACAGGGACUCAUAGUAUUUUAGGAAAGAGUCUUGUGCUUUUUGAUGAUCAUGGUCCUAAAGCAAGAGGGGAAAGAUUGGCAUGUUCACGAAUAUCUGGAGUUUAUCGACGAAAAGCUGUUGCCAAAGAUUGGUUUCCAAAUGGUGGAGAGCUGACGGUGAAAGGCAAAAUAGAAUUUCUUCAACAAACCGAAUAUGAUAUUACUGAUGUUGAAGUUAAUUUUGAAGGUUUACAAGAUGCCAGCGGAUAUCACGUCCAUAUUACUCCCAUAGAGGAAAACCUGGAAUUUCCAUGUGAAGCUACUACCCUUUAUGGUCAUUGGAAUCCGUUGAAUGUGGAUCCCACCUCAUCUCCUACCAAGUAUCACGGUACACCCGAUCAAUACGAAAUGGGAGAUUUAAGUGGAAAAUUUGGCAAUCUUGAAAAUAAAACUGUCUAUAAAACUUUUUAUAAUGACACCAUGUUGCCACUUUUUGGACCUAGAAGUAUACUAGGAAGAUCCGUUCUUAUCCAUAAACGGAUUGGGAACAAAAGAUGGGCUUGCUCGACUAUCGAAAGAGGUUACAGUCCGUCUGAAGCAAGAGAAAUUAGAGCAAUUGCCUCAUUCCAUCACCCACACGGAUAUGCAUAUGGAUACAUGAAAAUGAAGCAACUAAUCUACAAGGAUGGGAGCAGUAGCGAUACUACAAUAGAAGUAAAAUUGAGGCAUCCAGGAAAAAAUGACCGCAAUAUUACGAGAGAUCAUAAUUGGGCAAUUUUCGUAAACCCAGUUGGAGUAGAUGCAGCAGUAAAAACACAAGGUACAAGAUGCGUUGCUGGUGGUUAUGUUUGGAAUCCUUUCUAUACUCAACUGGCAGAUCCACUCAAUGAUGAACUUUAUCGUCAAGAAUGUGGCCCAGAAAAUCCAUUACGUUGUUACGUCGGAGAUUUAUCAGCCCGACUAGGAACAAUUGAUAUAGGUUUGCAACGGAAAGUAUUUGUGGACUCGAACUGUCCUUUAGAAGGAGAUCAGAAAGCGGUUGGUAAAUCUAUCGUUAUUUUAAGUCCAGAUAGAAGAGGAGAAAAAUAUGCUUGUGCUAACAUUGAACCUGAUCACGAUAUUAUAAAAUAUGUAAACGUCGAGCGAACUCCAAGAUUUGUAGUAGCACAGUUUAUUGAAGACAUACGCGAAGUUAUGGGGAUCCCAGAAUGGUUCCUCACAGUGGACACCAGAAAAACUAAGAAUUUGCACACAAAUGACUGUGUUCAGUUGCUUCUGCAUUUUAAAGGGCCCAUUGCUACUAAAUUAGAACAGGACUUUAACAGAUUACUGACUAUUGGUCGUUUGGAGAGUCCUUCUCUAUAUAUACCUGGCUACACCAAUGAAAAACGAAAAUCGAAGAUUCCGUAUAAGCUUUGUGGGGUGAGGGAUCCAAAUGAAAAAACUUCAAGGAAAACCACUUUCCUAUUUCAGUAUUCUGGAACAACAAGCACCCAUCACCACUUAAAAUAUGCGACUGUUUUUGUAUCUUUAUGUAUUAUGUUAAUUAAAUAAAUACCUCACUUUUUUGGUAAAAUUAAGUACCUACCUAAUAAGCACUCGAUUUGUAAAUAUUUAUUGUAUAUUUGUGUGUGUGUAUUUGUUCAUAUGUUUUUUGUUAAUAAAGUGUUGAACCAA